AAGUAAAAAUAAUAACAUUUAUAUAGGAGUUACAAACAGCCAAUUAGAUUACAGGGCUGAUUAAGCGUCACCUGCUGCCACCUGCGGAAAGAAGAAUCAACUGUCAGGAUCAUGUCUCUCUGCGAUGAUACGCUCCUGUGUAACUUCCCAAAGUGUCGGACCAAGUUGAGCGGCUUCGCCUGGGUCACGGCUUGCUCACACGUUUUCUGUGAUCAGCACGGAUCCGGUGAGUUCAGCCGCUCUCCUGCCAUCUGCCCGGCCUGCUCAUCCGCUCUGUCUGGGAAACUGGACAUUGUGAGGACAGAACUGUCGCCCUCUGAGGACUACAAAGCCAUGGUGUUGGCAGGUCUGCGACCAGAUGUAGUUCUGGACAUCAGUGCCCGCGCUCUGGCCUUCUGGAGCUAUCAGGUCCAUCAGGAGCAUCUGUAUCAAGAGUACAGUCUGUCACGGUCCGAGGCACAGCUGAAGCAGAUGGAGAAGGUGUUGACCCAGCAGAACCAGAGCAGAGAACUGGAGCUCACUUCCAUGAGAGGGGAAAUUGCCUCCCUGAAGAAAGUGAUGGAGGAGUACAAGAGGAAGUACAGCGAGGUGUCUGAGAGGCUGAUGGAGAGGAACAGGCAGUACCAGAAACUACAGGGGCUGUACGACUCUCUGAGGCUGCGCAAUAUGGUGGUGGGUGUGGGGGACAGAGACACCCUGACACAUCCAGGACAUCACGACUUCAACACUGGGGUGGCCCGGCAGGCGACUCCCCAGAGGAGCCCUCAGUUCCUCUCAGUGAGCCACGACGGGGACAGCCGGUUCUUCUCCUGCCUGGAGGCUGACGGAGCAAAGACCUUCUUCCAGUUCAGCUCCCCUGCCAGGGACAAAGGCCGGGCCUUCAUCAAGAAGCACUGAGACAGGCACAGGUUUCACAGUGGAUGUGGGGCAUCAGCUUAACCGCAUUUAUUCAUAUAUGUUAACAAAGUUCUGUUAUUAUUUAAGUUGAAGUUGUUGCUUGGGUGCAUUUUCAUAGUGUUAUUUGUCAUUUUGAGACAUAAAUGUGGCCAAAAAAAGCAAACACUGGGCUACAACUGGCAGUGAAAGCCAAUAUGAAUUUUCAGUCCUGCUCUCUGUUCAAGCAUUAGACAAUGUAAAUACAACAUAAACUGUUUGUUUACGCAGAACAGGCUUCCCUGUUCAUGUAAAUUGUGUCAGAUUGACCGUAAAUGAGUAAGCUUCACCUGCUCCUUGUCAAAAAACAGACAGAUUUUACGAAAUAAAACAUUUGAGAAGA